AUGCUCCCUUUGCAAGAGGACAGCCGGGAAGAAGGCAUCUGCCCCAUUUGCCAGGAGAACCUGAAGGAGGCAGUGAGCACUGACUGCAAGCACCUCUUCUGUCGAGUGUGCCUGGCCCGGCACGUGGCAAAGGCCCCGGCCUCUGGAGUCCUCUGCUGUCCUCUCUGCCGGAAACCCUGUUCCGAAGAGGUGCUGGGGGCAGGCUAUAUCUGCCACAGCCACCAGAAGAAGGUGUGCUGGUUCUGUGAGGAAAGCAGACAUCUUCUGUGUAUGGAAUGCCUGGUGUCCCCUGAACACAAAUCUCAUUGUGAGCUGGCCAUUGAAAAUGCCAUCAGCCACUACAAGGAACGACUCAACCGCAGAAGCAGGAAGCUCAGAAAAGACACUGAGGAACUUCGGCGGCUCAGGGCUCAGGAGGAGGAGAAACUGCAGGCUGUGCAGUUUCAGGUAGACUGUGGGACCAACAGGCUGGAGGCUGAGCUGGAGAGCCAGCACCAAACCAGGAGACAACUGGAGACCCUCCCUCAGCAGUGGCCAGACCAACUGGAGGACAUGCCAGCAGAGGUGUCCAAAAUCUUUGACAUCUCCAGGGCAAUAACUCAGCUCAACAACGUGGUCACUGAUCUGGAGAGGACAGCUAAGGAACUGGACGCCAACACGCUGAAGAAUGCCAGUGACUUAUUGGCCAGGAGUGCUCCACAGAAAUAA